AUGUCGCCGUCCCGUCUACGCGUCCACGUGGUAACCAGAAAGGUCAACGCAUAUUCCAGCAUGAAGCUCGGCGAGUACUUGGCCAAGAAGAAGUGGCACAUUCUCUUCCUGACGCAGGGCUUGACGCUCACGAGCAUCUACGCCCACCGCUUUGGCUUCCUCGAUGGCCUCAUUAGCUCGCUUGACGACGCCUUGACAGGCGAGCCGACGCCGCUGCAGCCCGCCAAGCCACUGCCUGUGCCCAUUUGGAAGCAACUCGCGACCAAGGCGCAAGAGGACAAGUCCAACAAGUAGCCUGUAGUAAUAGAGAGGUUGUGGCUACCUUUAUGAGAGCUGUCCAUGGGUCUCUGGUGCAAACGAGGCGAAAACCCGCGUGGGCCCAUGCAAUGGCAAGGUAACAAGUGCAGCGAUUAAAC